CUCUCGGCACCGGGAUGCUCCAUGGAGGACACAAGGGGGGAAAGGGACGCGGAGACUCCACCGCGCAGGCGCGGAAGGCUCCCUGCCUGAGGUAACUACGCGGAAGGCGGAAGGAGGGAGUGGGCGGGGAGAAGGGGGCGUGUCUUCCCCGAUAGGUGGUACAGUAGUCUCUCUCUCUUUCUCUCUCUCUCUCUCUCUCUCUCUCUCUCUCUCCCUCUCCCCGCCCCCUAAGCCCAAGCCCUUUCACGCAGCUCUACUGAAAACGUGAAGUGGAACGCACUCCUUGAGAAGGAGUAGUACCCGCUAGUAUGCUCUCUCCCCCGCCCCAGACCUUCCUUGGAGGUUUUUAAGCAGAGAUCUGUCAUGUUGAGAUCCCUCGCAGCGCAGGGGGUUGGGCUAGAUGACUCUGGGGGUCUCUCCCAGCUCUACUAUUCUGUGAUCGUAUGGUCCUCGGCACCACUAAGGCGAGAUUUGCACCGCUUGAUCACCCGGGUGCUGUGCAUGUUUCGGUGAGACUUUGCUAGCAUCAGUGGUCACUGACUUGAAGCCUGUAUAUCUUGUUGCGUGCAUGUUGUUGCUCAGAAGUUGCGUCUUGGCAAAUCCCAGUGGGGCUCGCAAGCAGCCUGACUCAUUGGCUACAGUGAGAGAUACUCUCCUUGGGUAACUUCCGCCCCACCGACGCCUCCCGCCGUCCAGGUUUUUUUUGCAUGUCUAAUCGAAGCUCCGGAAGUGAAUUCCACCUUAUUUGGUGGGGCUUACUAUCUAGUAAACGUGUUUAGGCUUUAUGUGUUUUCUCAGGCUGUAAUACGAUAUACUGUACACUGGGAUUAAUGGGAGAAUCAGUAAAGAAGAGAGGGUGUGUACCUUUGCAUGUGCAGUCUUAAUUCUUGCAGACCCCCAUGGUCUGAUUCCCCUUCCUGAUUAAAGGUCUGAUUAAAGCUGUCGCAAAAUAUAUGAUAUCUGGGGUAUAGACAAGGCAGUGCUAUGGGGGGUAUGUGUGUAUGCAAAUACGUGGGGAGGGGAACCAAACUGGGUCUUUGACCCAGGUGAAAUAAAACCUAGUUUUGCAACAGUUGUAAGCAUCUACCAGUAUUUCCAUGCACACGUGAGUUUUAAUUAAACACAAUACAUUUAAAACACAUGACUUCUGCCAAAGAAUCCCGGGAACUGUACUUUGUUAAGGAUGCUGGGAAUUGUUUCUAAGUGAAGAUACAGUUCCCAAAGAUUCUUUGGCAGAAGUCAUAUGCUUUAAAAACACUUUAAAAACCAGCAGCACUUACAGACUGGCUGAACUCCACCACAAUUGCUCCCUCCAAACCUCCUUGCCCAAACUCCAACUCUCCACAGGCCUCAAAGGCUGGUGCAAAGGCUUGUGGGAUUGCUAGAUGUCGUUCCUGCACUCUUUGGGAGGCCAUUUUUGCCCCUUUCAGUGCCAUUUCCGGGUUCUGGCAAUGCAUAGUCACACAUGACUUGAAUGCACAUAAAUGGGGAGUUGCCGGUACACUGUUUAAUGCAGACUACUUUUGAGUCUUAUUUAAGCCAAGCAUUCAACACUUUAAGCCUCUCCCAGGCCAUGUUAACAAGACAGGAUGGAACUAGGCAAUUUGCCUGGCUGUGCUGAAUGUUGUUCAGCUCAGAGAUAACCCCAUCAAAAGAGAAGACAGCUAGCAAGACAGCAAGGCCCUGUGUAUGCUUUAAUGCGGGUAAGGAAGUCAAAAGGUCUCUUUGAGACUCUUCCAGAUUUGCUUUUGUUGUCAUGAGAGAAGAUACAAUCCCAAGUUUCCCAUUAUCUUCAUCUUUAGAACCCAGCCAUAACAAUAAUGCUUGAUGAGGCAUAUAUGGGAUUCGCACAAGUAUUUCAGCAUCACUGGGGUGGGUUCAGAAAAUUCCAAUAUGCAUAUCCUUUAAAAUGGAAGUGUAACUGAUGCAAGAGACAUAUCUUACUGAAUAUCUAGAGUAAACACCCCAAAGACCACUUCAUAACGGGAAACAGAUUUUGGGCGACUGUGCAAUCAUGCAUAAAAUGGACUAUUGGUUUAUAAAACAAAUCUUAAAUCAGUCAUACUCAAAGGGCACAUCGGCAGUUCACAUUCUUAAAAGGAGUGUUUGUUCCAAUAAAAUGUUCGUUGUAAAAACUUGGGAAAUUCUAUCUGACUAGGAAUGAAUGGGCAAAGGUAACAAUUAAAAUAACCUUGGAAGAAAUUUGUACAAACAAUGGAGACAACAGAAUAGAAACCAGAUACACUGAAAGCACUCAAAAGGUCUUUAAAAUCAUCUUUGAGUUUAUUUUAACUGGAGUUGUGAAGGGAGGAUAGGUUAGAGAGGUCAAAUGCAUGCAAGUUUAGUACAGUAUGAAUGUUUUGCUUGCAAUAGCUAAAAGCUAAUUUUACAGAUGGAGAAAUGCAUUCAAAGACAACAGUUGAUAAAAUAGGUUUAAGGGUAGAGUGGCCCAUUAGAAGAAACCAAGAUGCCUUGAUUGCUGGGACAUCAGAAGAGGAUUUUGAUCCUUGUAACUUUUUGUAGUUUGGUCAGUUGAACAGGAAAAAAGUUUCAUGGAAAUCUGAACUAUAGGUACAGCAGAACUAUCACAGCCACAUUCACCUGUGUUCAAAGCAUACAAAGCAAGUCUGAUACACACUGAUAAGCAGUAAGCACAUGUUUGUGCAAACAAGAUUUUAAGGCUUCUUCUGUAUGUAAGUAAACUCAUUUCCUUAGGGAAUAUUGCCUUUUCUUCUCUUUGGGCUUAACACUAGGAUAACAAAGGGAGCCACCUUGAAUAAAAUAUUGGGGGGCGGGCCAGGUAAGCCCUAUCUUGGAUAAUCGAUCACAAACCAUUUGAAUGGCAAUGCCCAUCAACAUUGAGGGCAUGGCCCCCUCAAAUAUUUUAUUGGGGAGCUGAAGGGACCUUGGCCCCUAGGAGUUGGCGCCUAUGGAUUGCUAAAAUUUGCCAGUUCCACAUAGACAAUACACAGCUGUUACACUGUAUUCAUCUUAGUGGGCUGUCUUCUGAUCAUUAGGUUACAAGUUCUGGAGGACUUCCUUAAUCAUGACAUUACUGAUGAAGCAAGUAAUAAAAGUAGGGUUGCCAUACAUUCGGAAUUUCCCAGAAUAGCCGGGAUUAGACACAAUUUUUAUGUCUGGAUUUUCACUUUUUGAAAUAUGGCAACCCUAAAAAAGAGGCCAUAAGAUGGAAAAGGGAAUGGACUUGUAAGGCAAGACACAAAACACAUUCCCGGUAAUGAAACGUAUGCCAUGAGAGUGCAGUACAGAAGUUGAGUUACACUUUUGUGUUCACCAUUUUCAUUUUUCACUUGCCCACUUCUGGCGUGUUAAAUGUUUGCCAGCUCUUCCAUGAUGGUUGGCUGUGUAAUUGAUCUUAUCUCCCUCUACUGGUCUAUUGUUUCCAAGUUAUGUUUCCUGCUUGCUGGCAAGAAUGCACUUAGAUGUGGAUCAUAUUUUUUGUAGAACAACAUAGAAAACUGCUUUGCACUGAGUCAGACCUUUGGUGCAUCUAGCUUAGGACGGCCUAAGGUGACUGGCAGGAGUUCUUCAUGGUCUUAGACGAGAGGUUUUUGCAGCCAUGGCUGAAGAUGGCAGGGUUUGAAGAGGGAAUCUUUUGCACGCAAGGGGUGUGCUCGACUUUAGACCUCCUCCAAGUAAACUGUGAAAGUAUGUUAACUGCAUUUUUGGUCAGACUCUCCUAUCCCAGCCUGAGUUCAGGGGGAAACCUGUUGUUCCUGUCUGAAGCAGAAGCAGCUGUGCACAACACUGAUUGGCGGGGAACUGGUGAGAUCACUAACUUACACAUACAUCUCCAAAGGAGAUUUUCAACAUUUAAACAAUUGAUGCUGCUAAUGCUGCUUUUUUGUUGUUGUUUUCUUUGGAGAGAGGGCGAAUAUUUAUUUAAUUAAUUAAUUAAAUAAAUAUAUAUCCAGUACUGUGGAAAAAUAAGAAGGCAAUCUGCUUGAGGCACUGGUAAAAUGGGUUAUUCAUUCACCAUUUGAUCUGCUGCCCAGUAUGUCUGUUGAAUGGGAUAUGAAGGCACCCUGCUUUGUAUGCAUGUACACACACUGACAUGAUCUUUGAAGAGGUCUUUGUAGCCAAAGGUCUUAAAUUCCAGUAUGCUGUGGACUACGGUGCAUUUUAAUUUUGUAUUUACUAUAAUAAAAAAAGGCAAAUGCAUUUGCUUGUGAUGUAAAGGAUGUAUAAGAUGAAAAAUCCUAACGGACAGUAAUUAAAAGUAAAUAAUCAUUGGUGGCCUUUUCAGCCACAAAAACAUUUGCAAAAGGUGCCAAAGCCUGAAGGAAAUGAUGAUUGGAAAAAGGGGGGGGGGACCCUCAUAUAUUGCUGUAGCAGCUUCAGAGAUGCCUCCGCAUGUAAGCGGAAUGGCUGUAAAGAGACCACAAAGACUGCAGGAGGGCUGGGGAAAGCGAAUAUUAAGCCAAGCAGAAGCAGAACCCAUAAAACAGAGUAUCUGGAAAGUUUUCAGGGGGAAAAGAGGAGAUGGCAAUAUAAUAAUAAUAAUAAUACCCCACCCAUCUGACUCCGUUUCCCCAGCCACUCUGGGUGGCUCACAGCAUAUAUCAGAACCUAGUAAGACAUCAAACAUUAAAAACUUCCCGAUACAGGUCUGCCUUCAGAUGUCUUCUAAAAGUCAGAUAGCUGUUUAUUUUCUUGACAUCUGAAGGUUAGGGUGUUCCCCAGGUAGGGCGCCUCUACUGAGAAGGCCCUCUGCCUGGUUCCCUGUAACUUCGCUUCUCACAGUGAGGGAACCAGCAGAAAAUCCUCAGAGGAGGACCUCAGUGUCUGGGCUGAAUAUAUACUGAAGCCAGAAGAAAAAAUGCUAAUUUCUUUCAGCUCAUAAACACCAAAUAUCCACAAAGAUAACAUGAAUGGUUAUGAUAUUCUUGCAGAGAAACUGGUCAGGGAUAUAUGCCAGUGGAAUUUAAGUGUCUGACUGCAAUGACAAUUCUUGCCACUGAAAUAUUAAUGUAUUAAUUGAUCUUCCUCCUUUUCCUCUAUGGUAUUAUGUAUUGCAUAUUAUUCUUUACUGUUACUCGCUCUCGGCCACCUGUCCCCAUCAUCAGUCUAGCUGUUGUAUACCAGCAGGAGCUUCUGAUGUGAACUGAUGGCACCAUGAUGAAAAUAUAUUAAAAAAUCACUGCAGCCAGGUUAUCCAGAUCUGGAAAUGAUCGUAGCUGGCAAACCAGAGAAGAGGUACUCCUAACUGCUGAGGUCAUGCAGACAUGAACUGACAACUUAGUAUUGAGGAACACCCCCAGACUAUGUGCCUGCUACCUCAUCCAGAACAGGUUGUCUCCCUAAACGCCAGGCAUGGAACAACCACUUGCCCACAGCAUCUCCACCUUAUGGGGGAUAUAGCCUUAGUUUAUCGGUCCUCAUAGAGCCAGUUACUGCUUGCAGGCACCACUUGCAAAGCCCAAUUCAGAUGGAACCAGGAGGUAGAACUGGUUGUCAUCAGCAUAUCGAUGACAAGCGUGCUCCGCAUCUCUGAAUACCCCUCGUCAGCAGUUUCUCAAUGGCCAAGGAGCUGAGCUGAAGUCCCCUGAGUUCUACGUCUGGUAGGAGUAGCCCUGCAGGAAGGAGCAGAACCACUACAGUACAGUGCCUCCCUCUCCCAGCCCAAGGAGCUGCCACAGGGAGAAAUGGAAAAGGAAAGCCAACGGAGCAGGCCCCCCCCCACCACCACACUCCAUCUCUUCCCUAAUUAACAGUCAUCAACCAGAGUGAGCAAAGGCUGCUUCAGUACAGUGGUACCUCAGGUUACAGACGUUUCAGGUUACAGACGUUUCAGGUUACAGACUCUGCUAACCCAGAAAUAGUACCUUGGGUUAAUAACUUUACCUCAGGAUGAGAACAGAAAUCCCGUGGUGGCAGCGGGAGGCCCCAUUAGCUAAAGUGGUCCCUCAGGUUAAGAACAGUUUCAGGUUAAGAACGGACCUCCAGAACGAAUUAAGUUCUUAACCUGAGGUACAACUGUACUGUGUUUCAGACCUGAAGCCAGACUGAUAGGUUAAAAUAGGGUGUGCUUUUGUAUCCUUUUAAGAUCUUUGGACUAGUUUUUAAAAAAAGCUUUCAAAAAAGCAACAACAACAAACCCAAUGAUGAUAACGGCAACAUGCUUAUAGCAAUGAAUGUACAGAUGUUUUCCUGAAUGUCGGAUUUUGGUAUUUGAUGAAACUUAACAUCAAAUUCCAGUACUUUCUAAAGGAAAGUGAUAACAUAGGGAAAUUGUCACUGCUGGAUUCUUUCAUUCUCUUUCCAAGAAAAGGAUUUGUACAUCUAAUCUUAGUAGACCUGUUAAAAUUAGAGGCAGGAAUUUGGUGCUCUUCAAACAGCGUUGGACCAUACAGAGCCGUUUUUUCCUGAAGCAGCUUAGCAUUGUCAUCAUUAUAUCAAGCCCUGCUCUCUGUGCCAACUUUUCCCUCCCCAUCCUCCCCCUCCCAUAUUUGUGUGUGUUCAGAGAGUCAAGCUUAGCUUGCUCAUAAACUUCAGUUCCUGGGCGGACCCCACACACGCACAGCUGGAUUUGAAACAGCUGGAUCUGCCUCCCCUUCAAUUUUAGACAGGAGCCCCACAAGCUCUGGAUGGGCUGGCGGAGGAUGAACCGAUCAACGCUGUGAAGCAGGGAUUCAGUUGCUGGCAAGAUCCAGAAAAUGGGUUACUGGAGGAGCCUCACUCUGAGUCUGCUACUGCUGCUGUUGCUCCGUGAGUAAAGAAAAGAAGGGCUUCUGCUUCAGCUGUGCAAAGCAAGAGGCUGUUUAUGUUUCUUCUCUCAGCUCCCUUCUCCUCUGCUGACGACUGGAAGGAUAAGAAAUGUCUGAUAAUUUGGUAUAAGCGCUAGUUGCAAGGCAGGCUUGAAAAUCCAAUCUCUGCUUCUUUCUAUCGGUAGAUAUUUGUCCUCUAUAGUCAGCCUUCUUGUAGCUGCAACUGUUACGGUACUUGCUGUAACCAAACGUGGGUUAAUGUUAGAUGAAGAAACUAAUGGUUUUCUUGGGGGGAGGGAAUUGCAUUGGUUGUUUUUACAUUGUAUUGCAGCAUUUUAAAAUCAGCGGAAAGACUUGGUUGGAUAGUUUGAGAUGGUCAGGGUUUUGAGAUGGUUGUAACAUAGCUUGUGUCACUCUCACAUUGACCCAUUCACACAAAUUUAAGUGCAGUACUAACUAAACCAAUUAAGUAUGAUGAGGAGGGAAAUGAGGAUUUCUGCCAUUGCAUCUAGCUGCUUGGCAAGGCAGCCCAACUAUCGCAUAAGUAAAUAAUUCUUUGUGGCAAGCACUGUGUUUCUGUUUCUGUUAACAGUCUGUUAAUACUGAAGAUACAACUUCCAUGCAUGGAUUUGAUAGUAUGCCCCACCAGGCUGCAAAGGCUCUUGUUUAAAUCAUAGAUGCACACAUGUAGAUGCUAUAUAUACACAAGUCAGAAGAAGUAUAUACACUUCUCAUAUAUAUAUAUGUGGCGCAAACAGCAUGGCUUUAUAUGGGAUUUGUUUAUUGUACUGAUACACAACAUUUUAACAAAAAAUGCAUUUUGUGUCAUUCUAUGAAACCAUAAGGGUGCCUUUUGAUGGAUGAUUACUUGGCUGUCAGUUAUGGCAAUUCAGUGUACUCAACGCCUGGAGGGUAAGGCUAUCAGUGGCUGCUAGGCAUGAUGGCUGUGUUCUGCUUCAGAGGAAGUAUGCCUCAGUAUGCUAGUUUCUGGGAAUCAUAAAGGGGGGAAUCAUAAAGCAGGGAGAAUUCUGUCGCUCUCAGAUCUUGUUUGCAGGCUUCUCAUAGGCAUUUGGGUCUUACAUCUGAUCCUGCAGAGCUCUACAUAGGCUCAUGUGCAAGCCACACAGACAGGACCCUGCCUGUUCCAUGUGCUGCAGUUUCCCACAAGCACAAAUAACAAAGCAAGGGUUAUCCUGGGGGGGGGGGCACUGUUUAAGUAACCUAUUUUGGCAGCAUUGUCAUGUUUCUUCCUGCACAACCCUGAGCUCUUCUUCAUGGUUCUGUUUCUCCCCCUUGCACAGGACAGGGCGACAAGAACAGGGGCAGGCUCCUAGAAUUAUAUACCCAUGAAGCUGCCUCAUGCAAAAUCAGAGCAUCAAUGCCUCUGGUCAAAUAGUGCCCACUACAGCCUUCAACAGCCUGGUGGCCUUCCAGGUGUUUGGAGCAGGUAGGAGUUGGAGUCCAAAACAUCUGGAGAGCACCAAGUUGGCAAAGACUUAUCCCCUUCACUUGACAAUGGCUCUGCCAGUUCUCAAGUAGAGGUCUUGCCUAGACUUCUUUGUUUAAUAAAACGUAUGUAUACCACUUGACGGUCAAACCCGCCACCUCAAGCGGGUUAUUAGCUGUGGUAUCAUAAGGGCAUGACUUUGGGGCAGAAGUCUAGAAUGAGCUGGAAGGCUGGAUGACUUUGAAUAAGUGAAAUAACUCAUAUUAUCAUCUAAAGAAAAGGACCCCAUAAGGUUAUUACAUCAGAAAUCUUUGGUUACCUAAGUGCACCACUUCAUAACUUGAGAAGCCAGGAACAGAAUUUUCUGCAUGCAAAGCCUAUGCUUUUUGACUGAGUUAUGGCUCUUCCCUGUUUUUUUCUUGGGGGGUGGGCAGGCAAACUCCUGCUUGCCACCCCCACCCCACUUUCAAACAGUAUGCUAAAGAAUGAGGACUGGAAGCAACAAGAGUUUCCUUUACUCCCGAUUCCUUUAAGGCAGGCUUCCUCAACCUUGAGCCUCCAGAUGUUUUGAGACUACAGUUCCCAUCAUUCCUGGCCACUGGUCCUGCUAGCUAGGGAUCAUGGGAGUUGUAGGCCAAAAACAUCUGGAGGCCCAAGGUUGAGGAAGCCUGCUUUAAGGGAGUGCCUGGAUCAAAACUCCCUCUGUUGCCAGUUUGGUGCUAGAGCAGAAAUGCAGAAAGCGGAAUGCAAAGCAAAGUAACAUAUAAUAGGAAGGAAUACCAUGUUUCAUGUUCCUUUGCAAAACCCUCCCCCAACCUUUAAAAAUUUCUUAAUUCUUCCCGUGUAUGGUAUGUAGUAGCAGUGUUCCAUCGGUGAAGAUCUUGUGUAGUUAGUGAGGAUCAGAGACUGUGAAUCAGGACCUCUGAGUUCAGAUACUGGGCGCCAAACAGCCAAAAUGAAGCACUUUGAUUUCUAUAGAAGGGCCUAUUCAACAUCCUGAUCCAAUAGAUGCCUACUCUGAAGUAAAUUCCACUGCGUUCAAUGGGUAUAUUAUAUGAAAGACACCCUCUCUGCAAAUAUUUCAUACCUUGUAUCAAUGCCCUAAGAAAAUAAUUCUUAAUCAUUUCAACAGCACUUCCCGGAGUAUUUUAUAACCAUUGUCUUAUUCCUACCCACAACAGCCCGUCAGAUAGGGCACUGUGGUUUUCAUUUCUAAGAUGGAGAACUGAUUUGCCGAAGGCAACUGGGGAAUGUUUAGUGGGGCUAAGAAUGCAUGACUUUGAGGUCUCAGUCCAGAAUGCAAGCUAUGGUCCAAUGCAAGUACAGAUAUGCCUCAAGUGCCUUGAAUUUAGGCAGACUCCUUCGUGACAGAAAGAAAGACUGUGUAUCUAGCCAGCAAGUAAUAAGUUUGGCUUUCUUCAAACUGGACAUAUGGAACAGGCAAUCACACAUGUUAGACCAACAAAGCCUUCAGAACUUUUAAUUUCUGUAUUUAAUUUGCAAAUAGGCAUCUUUCCAAGGUUGCUGGAAAAUUCUGUAGGAUAUUCUCACCAGAUGUACAGGAAGAUAGUUUUGGGGGGUUGCUUGCCAUCCUCCAUCACACAUUCUGUUGUUGUUGUUGUUUCUCUAGGGAUAUACGUAGUUCUCAAAAAGAGUGAUCUAGUCCUUCCUAUAGAAAUGCAAGGAUUACUUGAAGUUGGGGGAGAUGAAAGGUGUCUCCCAAGGGGGAGGGGUUUGAGCUGUGAUUUGGCAAAGCAGAGACAGGCAAGGAAGAAGUGUCAGUUUAUUUCUCAGCAGGGACGAGGAUGUUAUCUCCUGGGAAGCUAUUUGCCAGUCCUCUGCAUGCCAAAUAAGUGUGUUUUUUCUCGGAAAGAAACCCACCAAAUAAGCCAAAAGGAGGAAGGAGGUAACAUUAAGCAUCGCUUUCUUAUGACCGAUGAGAAGGUAGCAAAAUAGUGAAUAACCUUCAUUAGGCUGACUGUUAAGUAAAGCAUAGGGGAGUGAGAACAAAAGCUGGCUUCAGAUUGAAGCCAUAAUGUCUGCAUUAGUGAAAAGUUAAUUUUUCUUCAAUAGUCUUAGUACUCCAGAAUUUAUCACUGGCUUUGAGAAUGGUAAAGGUAAAGGGACCCCUGACCAUUAGGUCCAGUCGUGGCCAACUCUGGGGUUGCGGCGCUCAUCUCGCUUUAUUGGUCGAGGGAGCCGGCGUACAGCUUCUGGGUCAUGUGGCCAGCAUGACUAAGCCGCUUCUGGCAAACCAGAGCAGUGCACGGAAAGGCAUACUGAACUGAGUGUGGUGUCAUGGUUAGUGUUGGACUAGGACCUGGGAGGUAAAAGUUCAAGUUCCCACUUGGCCAUGAAGCUCACUGGGUGACCCUGGGCCACUCGCUGCCCUUCACAGGGUGGAUGUGGGUAUUAAAUGAAGAGGGGGAGAACCAUGGACAUGACCUUGCGCUCCUUGGAGGAAAGGGUGGCAUAUAAACAUAAGAAGAGCCCUGCUGGAUCCGGCCAAAGGCCCAUCUAGUCCAGCGUCCUGUUCUCAUGGUGGUCAACCAGAUGCCUAUGGGAAGCCUGCAAGCAGAAGCUGAGGGCCACAGGGCUCUCCCCCAACUCCUUGUGAUUCCCGGCAACUGGUACACAGAGGCAUAAUGCCUCUUGACAGUGGAGGUAGAACUUAGCUAGUAGCCAUUGCUACAUCCUCCAUGAAUUUGUCUAAUCCUCAUGUAAAGCUGUCUGAGUUGGUGGCCAUCAUUACUCCCUCUUGUGGGAAUGAAUGGUAUAGUUUAACUAUGUGCUAUGCAAAUAAGUACUUUAUUCUCUAUCUUUCCUUUUCUGGCCUACCACCAUGUGCCUUGGUUUCUAGUCACUAGGCAACUGUAAAUUAUUUUUGUCAGAGCAGUGGCUCAUCAAGCUCAGUAUUGUCUACAUAGACUGGCCAUGUCACUCCAGAGUUCUUUCUCAACUCUCCUUUUAUUGCAUAAGGUAUCCAAAGGAUUAAGGAAGUUUAGGGAUGGGAUGACGGCAAUAGGAUGGCGAAUGAAGUGUGAUUGAGGGAGACUAUAAUUCAGUGGCAGGACAUAUAUGUUGCAUGCAGAAGAUACCAACUUCCAUUUCUGGAAUGUCCUGUUAAAAAGGAUCAUAAUUUCUGCUUUAAACCCAGGACUCAGCUAUGCAGCUGCAAAUGAAACGUUUUAAGUGUGUUGCGAAGUUCAAUAUACAAAGGUGACACUAGAUGGCGAAAGUGAGCUAUGGUAAAUUCAAUAUAUUUUUCAAAACUCUUUUUUUUUUAACACACACAUUUUCACAGUGGUUUUUUUUAUAUGUGUGUUGAGUCCACCCCAGUCACAGUAGGCAAUGCCAGGAGUUAGAUGUUCAAAUAACCUGACAGGUGUAAUGAAGCUUUCUAUGUUCUGCAGAUCUACUUUGAAUUGAAAAGUUUGCAGUCCAAAAAUUGACUCAUUAGUUAUAACCAACAUACCAGGUUGGGAAAAGCUGCUUUAAGUCUAUUUAUUCCCUCUCAGCCACCUCUCACUAAUUCUUUCUUGCCUCAUUUCUCUGUCUCCUCUGUCCAUUGAGCCUACCUACCUUACCCUACCCUCAGGGUUUGUGCGAGUUUUAAUCCUAGCCCACCUUUUAAUACCCUUGCAAAUCUGGACUAAAAGCAUUAUAGCAGCUUUCCUCCAACAGCUGGAAUGUUUAUAAGCAUUCCAUGCCAUCACACAGUUCAAUAAAUCAGAGGAUUUGCUACCACAAGCAUAAUACUGUAUCAAUUCAGUAUAAACUGAAAUCCUUACCAAGUCUAAGGGACUGGCAUAUGAGUUAGAAUUUUAUUUAUUCCAGCAGGCUUUUGGGAAUUUGUGAUCCACCUUGAGUUCCAGUUCUGGGGGAAAGGGAGGAUAUAGAUAAAUAAACUUAAUAAUCAUAAAAUAAAGAAGUCUUAUUGCGCUGUUCGCAUUAUAGUUACUGUUGUAACACAUAGAGGGCUAUUGGCUGAGUUUUGCAAACCCAGCUGCUGUAACUUGCAAGGAGUAGCAAAUAGAGGACCAAGAAAUAUGAGUCUCGCUAAUUGAUUAUAAAGCAACAUUUAAAAAAAAUUACAUUUCAGUUUUCUAAGACUUUAAAAAUAGUAUCACUUGGCAACUUUAUCAGCUGCAAGGAGAUGGUUACUGGAACUGUCUGAUUAAGAAAGGGGUGGCAUUAAAUUUUAAACCCUUCUUCUUGCUUCUCAUGAUUUAUAGCCUCUUGCAAGAUUCAUCAUUGCAAUAAAAUAACAAAAAAGGCUGGAAAAUGCUUAGCUUAGUGGACCACAGAAGUUUGUCACUGAGUUAUAGCAGUUUCUUUGCUCUGACAUCUCUUUGUUGGCUCAUCAAAGUCUUUCUGCCAGAUGGUAAACAGAAUGCCUGCCAGAAAUUUUCAAACACUCCCCAGGAAGUUCAUCUAAAUCACCAGUAAACCAUUUGCACUUAAAACAGAGCACAAACCCCCGUUGCUCAAAUGUGACACAGAUAACAGUUCUGCCAUGUUUACUGUUCCAAGGACAACACCAGAUUUCUUUACACUGCCCUUCCCAGUUCCUUCCCAUCCACUUAGAUGGGUCUACCAUUCCUACAGGGGAAGGAAACAUGAGUCUCAAGGACAGAGUUGUCACAUGAAAUUUGAGGUGCUUCCUGUGCGAUCCUAUGCGUGCCUACUCAGAAUAAGCCCCACUGAGUUCAAUGGGACUUACUCCUGGGCAAGCACACUUAAGAUGGCAGAUUUAGGAUUCUGAAUUUUGGAUCCAAUGUCGGAUUCUUUGCUUUUGCUGCAUUUUUGUAGACUUGUUGGAUACAAGUCGCAAUCAGCCCAUACCCUCAUCUGCGAAAGAAGAAGCGUAUUUGAGCAAUAGUUAUCCUUAGUUUAUGGGGCUUAAUUCAAGAGGGAAAGUUGCCCGCAUCCUUCUGGACAUGAUUGAUGUGGAUUGGUUAUAAUGUUACAGCAGGGAUGGGGAACUGGUGGACCACCAAGUGUUGUACAACUACAACUCCCAUUAGCGAUAAACCUUUUGUAGGCAAGAUGAUUGAGGAACCUUGGAAAUGUAUGGGAUCUCUCUGAGAAUCAGGUGUAGGGAUAGCAGAUUUGCUGCCUGCUGUUGGGGUGCUUCUUUACUUUCAGUGUCCUCUACCUGUGUGUCUGUAAGUAAAACAAAUAUUACAAAUGUGGGAAACUGCAGUCAAAUAGAACUCUUAAACUCAGGGUUAGUUAAUGCAUGAAGGGGUUAAGACCACAUAAAUUGUUUUCUUAGACUCAGUUGGGUCAUGCCCCCUCACCUCCAGUGAAGAAGGAAGUGAAGAUUCUUUCUUCCUUCUCUUCCACUAUGUGAAGCUGACCAGGCAACAUGCCUGGGCUUGACUGCUUCAAGCACAGACCGUGUUCUCAGAAAUAUUUUUCUGUAUUUUGUAAACCCAAGAUUUCUACUUGUGUUCUUCUUGCUGCUGCGUGGAAUAAGGCAUUAAUCUGAGCUUUGGAGUUUGUAAGUAAAACCUUUAAACUUAGUAAUUGUGUGGUCUGUUCAUUGCAAGAGGAGUAGACGGGAAAUGCUGUAAGUGGCUACAACGGGAUAUUUAAAAGGUCUAUUAACCUAUUAUUCCCAUGCUUCUCUGUGCUGCAUAAUCCUGUGAUUUUAAUACUGUGUUGGGGGCUCUCGAGUGUUUUUGGAUCCAGCAAUCCUUCCAGUUCUUUUAUUAAUUACCCCACACAGGUGAUCUAUAUCUAAUUUCCACCCAAUAACAAAGUCACCAUAAGAUUUAAGGGUUCUCUCAGCCAAAGGAAACCAAACCCUGUGUAGCCCUAUCCCUGGAAACUCACUGUUUAAGGAAGUGGAGAGGGCUUAACACAAAAUAUGAUACUUGGGUAUCAAUGAGCUAUUUGUCACUGAGAUAAUAAAUCUGUUUGUUCUGAACCACUUCAGAAUGCAGGUGGGAGCUUAUGUGUUAAAAAUAAAUUCCCUUCAUACAGAAAAUUAGAUACCAGGAGAAACCAUUCUAACCUAUCCUUCCAGACCUCCUUAUUUUUAAAUGAAAUGUGAGGGAUAUAAUUUUUAAAUUCACAUGUCAUCCUAAGAGUCCUGUUACUUGAAGUGCAGCUCAUACGUUGACAAAAAGAAAGACCCAAAGAUUCCACAAUAUUAACCCAAACUGCAGUUUGAAAUAGUGAGGCCCAGAUUCAGGCAUUACCACCUCAGCGAGAAUCAAGCCUGUGCCCAAGUACAAAUGGGUAGACAAGUUAGAUCUUGUACUCUUAAUACCUGGAUGAAUGUGAGAACUGUUUGUCUGGCUCUGAGGCCAAUCUUCCUGGUAUACACAUGCAGCAAAGUGAGAUGGUAGAAUUUGCUGAUGACAGAGAAUGGACUGUACCACUCCAAGUUGUCAGUGAGGGAAAGCCUUUUCCAGUGUUCCUACAUUCAUUCAUUUAUGAAAACACUGUCAAUAAAAGAAAAAUAUCAAACAUAUCAGAGAGAAAGAUUAUUAUAUUGCCACUCUUGAAGUAUUUUCUAGGCUUCGGCCAAAGCCCCCAAAGUCAGUGGGAAUUUUUGUUGUUGGUGUCAAUGGAUUUUAGAAGAGGCCACGACUCGCUCUUGGAUCCACCAAUUCAGUAUGCAAUUUCUCAUCUUCCCCCUUUUAUUGAAGGAUUUUCUUUGUUCACUGAUCUGAAUAAUUUUCUACAAAGUGCUUCAGUAAAAUCUUGAUCGUAAAUCAGCUUAUGAGAGCAAACUCUUUUAUUAAACUUGAAAGAGUGCCCUAAAGAGGAGAAAAUUGGCUUUAUAGCUGUAAAUGUUUAUUGCUUAAUCUUCUAAUCCCAGAGCAAAUGGAGAAUAUGCGUUCAACGUAUUUUGUAGUUUAGAAUGCCAUGUAGCUCCUCCAUUACUUUAUUUCCAAGGGCCUGAGGUCUGAUUAGUUGGGAAAAGGAAGAGAUUUAUUGUGAAAGUAACAAGUAAAAAGGCGCAGAGAAGAAAUACUUUUCCAUCACACACAUGCAUGCAGGUGUAUGUACCAGGGUAGCAGGAUUGACCAUGAAUCCCCACUGCAUGUACACACAAGCAAAAAUAUAUUGGCCACCAUAUUUUUUCCAUAUCAGCUUGAUGACAGAAGUGUGUAGAAUUUUAUAAUGUAUACCAACCAGAGAAUAAGAGAGCCUGUGUGAUAGCUGCUUUCAGAAAGCAGCACCAAGGGGACAUGUGCCAAAACCAAAAACUACAGUAUUGCCUUCUCCCCGCAAAGUCACAUCUUUAGAGGCAGGGGCUCCUAUUGUUCUCUGUUCCAUUUCCACUAAACUGACAUUCACCUUUGCCUUCUCCCCAUUGCUUGCACCAGAUAUAGAACUGAAGUUUAUUGGAUUAGACACUAGUGCCGUCUGUUGCCAAUGAAUACAAUGCAAUAUGCAUUUUGCAGGGAUAACUGGACUGUCUUCAAAGAUAGGAGUUGAUUUAUUAUAAGUUUGCUGUGCUUCACCCCCCCCACCCAAUCAUAUUUAUACUAACAUGACUAUGUAGAUACAAUGACUUAAACGUUAUGCAGAACAAAUCUAAUGGAUUGUUUUAAAUAAUUUAAUACAGAUUAAUGACCAGCAGAGGCUUUAACCCCUAUUUUAUAGACACAGAGGUAGCAAAAAUGGGGCAAAGGAAUGGAUUAUUCCCCCGGGCAUUUUCAGUGUAUAUUUGUCUUUGAAAUAUAUUUUCUAAGUGCUGCUUCUGUUGCCAUUUCCCCCUCCUGCCAUGAAUUCUCAUUAAGACCCUUGGGUUGUGCAAGUUUCCUGUUCAGCGUCUGUGGUUAUUUGUGCUGACCAAGUUGUGUCUGAAAAGAAUGCCACCCCUUCUCCACAGGCCAUAAAUAAGUCUUAUAAUGACUUUCAAUUAAGGCUGUUAUUAAUUUGAACUGUUUCAUUUCAGUAUCUUUACCGGUAAUUUUAAAAUCUGUGCCAGUGGAGAUUAGAGUACGGUGCAGGGAUCGCCAGCAGGCCUGAAGAGAUAAAUAAUUAAACUUUCCUAUGAACCCAGAAUAUCCACCGAGAAAAGAGGCUGAAACACACCAUGAUAAAUUCCUGGGCAGGGACUUAUGCAAGAACAUGGGGAGUAGGCUCCUCAUGAUGUUAUUAUAUCCUGUUAUCUUCCCCAUAUAAUGGAUGAGGCCUGCCCCAGGUAGCAUAUCUUGGAUGUCAUGAAAGGGCAGCCUACUAUUAGUUACUUAACUUAUUAUUGUGUUUUUACUGGCAGAAAGUGGGAGAGGCACUUGUGGGAUUUAUUUAUGUCUCAGGUGAUAAAAUAACUUGACUUGGUGCCAUUUGCUGCUUCAUUUCAGGCAUCAGAAUGGAUUGGGUCAGCCUUGGAUAGCACUGUAGGCAUGUUUAUUUUUUGAAAGAAUGAGAGCUAUGGAAAAGGAAAACAGACUAGUGAAUGUGUCUUCAUUAAGUAUAAUUUGUGUUCAGUUAUCUUCAGCAUUUCAGGCAUAUCACGGGGAUUUGAAUAAUUGGAUGUAAACAGGAGUGGUAUUUCCUUAACAUUUCAUGAUGAAUACAAAAAGAAACUGAGUGAAGAGCCAAGUUCUUUUCACCCUAUAGCUAAUCUUUGAAACACUAUGUAAGUCUAUUCUUUGACAAAUUUAAAAUGCAAUUCUUCUUAAUCAUGAUCAUUUGGAGAAAGUUCCACUUGAAACUAUUCAGAUUGGCAUGGUUAUGUUUCCCUAGGUAAAAUAAAUAACUCCCUGAAAAUAUAAAGCUAGCAGAACAGGGAAAUAACUGGUCUAUAACCCUUCCCUGGUUUGCUAGUUUCCUGCUUGCAUGGAAUUAUUUUCUUGGGGGAACAUUAUAUAUAUAUAUAUAUAUAUAUAUAUAUAUAUAUAUAUACACAGUGGUACCUCGGGUUACAUACGCUUCAGGUUACAGACUUCGCUAACCCAGAAAUAUUACCUCAGGUUAAGAACUUUGCUUCAGGAUAAGAACAGAAAUCGUGCUCUGGCGGCGUGGCAGCAGCAGGAGGCCCCAUUAGCUAAAGUGGUGCUUCAGGUUAAACACACACACAUAUAUAUAUAUAUAUAUAUAUAUAUAUAUAUAUAUAUAUAUAUAUAUAUAUUCUCAUCCUACAAUCCAAAAUGGCCCAGCCCUCUCGACCAGCUCAUGGGUCUACUAUCUCCUUCUCUUGCAUGUACAGUAGUUCCAGUCAGGUAAAUCCUUUGAAAACAAGCCAAGAUUUCCUCCCUUAAUAUAAGCUAUGUGAAAGGUGUUUGGAAAUGCAAUUACAUCCUCAGUGUGAAAAAGUGUUCCUCCCAUGUGACUUAAACAGUCUCACCCUGAUAAAUUUUGAAACCCUUGCUAAUGGCCCUUUCGAGGUUAGGCUGAUGAGAACCCAUCCUCUUGCGCCAUAGGCUCUCAUAGACCUAUCAACCCCUUCAUCAGUAGGGUGUAAACUGUGUGCUUCCAAGUAGGAAGCGUAUUACAUUGAGGAACUAAAAGUAACUGAUACAGCAAACAGGAACACUAAGAAGAAGCGUGCUGGCUGAAAAUUAUUGGAUACACAUGGAAGAAUCAACAACACUGGUGCCUUAGCAAUCCCAGAAGCAUAUUUCUUUUAGGGAAAGAUGCCUUGCCUAUGUGUCAUUAGACACAGCUGUCAGAUAAAUUGAAGACAGGCAAGUACACAAGUAGAGGCAACAUAUGCAUUAAGUGGCACCCUAUGGAAAAACUGAGGUUCAUCGCAUAAAUGAAUGGAUCACUCUUGCUUUUAUCUCCUACUGUCGAUUAUAUUUUCUUUUUCAGUGCCAGGCAACACUGUCACAUUCCUCCAGAUCAGCCUUUCGCAACCUGUGGGUCCCCAGAUGUUGUUGAACUACAACCCCCAUCACCCCUAGCUAGCAAGGCCAGAGCUCAGGGAUGAUGAGAGUUGUAGUCCAACAUCAUCUGGGAACCCACAGGUUGAGAACCACUGCUCCAGAUGAUCAUGUAGAUGUAGUUCUUAAUUUUGGGCUCUGGAAUCCAUGGCCUUGCAGGGGCUCCCUCCAUAUUCACUCAAUUCAAAAUAUGGCAAGCCAGUCCUCCUGCAUUUGGGGUGGCUUUCCUGCUCAUUCUGCUGAGAGGGGCCCUGGACCUCUGCCCCAAAGCCCUGCCCUGGCAGCACCACUGUGUGCAGAUGCGCAGUGUUGGGUUGUGAAGAAAGACUAGUGCUAAACAAUACUGUACAUACAUGCGACGAGCCAGCAGAUAUUUCAUAUCGCCACAUCUGUACCUUUUGCACAACCUACUAAUAGAAAUAGGUUUGCCAUCACCCUCAUGCAUAGAGCCCUACUAGCCUUUCACCAUGUGGUUGCGUUGCUGCCUAUAUAGUUAUGCAGAGGAAUUUGCAGUGUGAACUGGCCCUGAUGAGAUUCUACUAUCAAUCAUGGGGCCCACAGUAAACAAGCCCAUUAAUCGGAGCUAUCGCCAAAUCACACUAGGAACACACCCAAGUAUUGCACGUGUAAUCUUUUAAAAAAAGAAACACGUUCAAAAGAAUGUUGGUUCUGAUUCGUACACGCCCCCAAAAGAAAAAUCAUCACCAGCUGUGCAACAAGAUGCAUCAAGACCAGUCUAAAUGGGGUGGGGGGUGGGAUCUUAAGUGCAAAGGCAAAUUAGGGUUGGAGGUGGGGAGUACUAACCAGUCUUCCCCAGCCUAGUGUGCUCAAGAUGUUUUGUACUACAGCUCAAAUCAUCCCUGACCAUUGGAUCAUGCUGCUGGGAGUAGUCCCAUACAACUUGGGGGACCUAUGUUGGGGAAGGCUGGUAGGCUGGUCCAUUAGGGCAAGUGAGGGACUGCCCCACCAAGCUCAGUUAACCAGCUUUCCCUCCUUAUUUACAACCAGUCUUGGUGGGGGGGAGGUGUCAGCUCCCUCUUCCUCCUCAAUCUCAUGGUUUCCCCUUGUUGCAGAGAAUUCAGCAGGGACAAGGAUGGAGACAAAACUAGAAUUAGUUGGCUCUGCCUGUCAUUGGCUCUGGCUCCACCUACUAUUGGGCUCCCCAACUUCUGCCCCACCAGUCUCAAUGGGCACCAGCCACCACUCUAUAGACCACUUCAUCCAGAUAAAACACUGCCACCAAGUUACGAAAACUUUCAGUGAGAGGUUAUUGCUAGCUUGGUUCAUCAUGUGUUUCCCCACCAUCUGUUUUGGAAGGCAAGCUUUUGCAUAGGAGCCCAGCUUCUUAAUUAGUGAAAAUCAGGGCAAGAAACUUGCUAAAACUACUAUUAGAACUUUGUGUCCCUGAACCAUUAGCUUGUAGUUUAACUGCCACAUCACUCAUCUUACCCCUAAUUAAACCCAGAUGAAUGCUUUCAAUGUUAAUACUCAGAUAAUUUAAUAAAGCUGCACAGGCAGUAAAGUAACAAUAAGCUUCUACAAAAAGCUUUCCAGAUGUUGCAGAGGCAAAUGCAAAGCAUCAAAAUAAAAACUUUUUUUAAAAAAAAGUUUGGGAAAGCAAAACUUGGAACGAACUAUAAACUAAUUAAAUAUGAGGAUCAGGUCUCCAAGAAUAAAUUGAAGACAUAAGGGUUUGGUGGUAGCCAAUAAUGAUUGUACUAGUCAACGUUGUUGCAAAGUCUGUCUGUCUGUCUCUGUCUCUCUCUCUCUCUCUCUCUCUCUCUCUCUCUCUCUCUCUCUCUCUCACACACACACACACACACACACACACAUCAGAAUUCACCAAUCAUAAGAUUACUGUCUCUUUUGUAAUGCAAAAUUUCAUUUUAUGCAUCAGGAAAUGGGAUGGGAGAUUUAUUGCUGGUUGCCAGAAACUAGAGAACAAUAAAGGGUCAAAUCUGAAUAUUGGUAUAAAAUAUUCUUUGGAAGAACAUCAUGAUAAUCAGAACCAGAUAUCUAGGUCUGCUUUUCAGCUUCUGAAACAGCAUCCACUGACUCUCGUCUAUAACAAAUUUGCUGAGUACUGAAUCUAACGAAAUUGCUCUGCCUCAUUCCAAAGAACUGGGGAGCUUUGCAAGCUUCUAGUAGCAAGGGUUAGGAACCCUGAUGGUCACAGGAUUUCACCUGUGGAUGAGAUUAAGUUUAAUAGUGUCUUCCUUGACCCUCAAUGAAACUGACUUGGGAGGCAGGCCCUUGUUCUGUACUGUCUUGAUCUUUGAACCAAGCAUGUUGCCUUAAUUUGCUAUUCUGCUACUUUUGGUCUUCUCCAUCUGUCAGAGCUGUGCCAGAUAGGUCAACACAAAUGUUUGUGGGAGAGAAGGCCUUUUCUGUGUGAUCAGUCAAAAUGUGUCCCAAUCACAUUUUAGCCCUUGCUUGAUACCCCCUCCUAGUCUUGUUCAUGUGAAAAGGUAAUGUCAGAGCGGUUCUGAGAGCAUCACACAUGGGCCAUUCCUGGACCACAGCACCAUAUGUACAAGAUAGUUAUGCUCAGCCCAUUUCGAGUGUACAGAACUUACUGGGUUCUGCUUCCUUUGGAAGGAGGUCAGUGGCAUGCUUAUGGCAUUUUGUAAUAUGUGAGUUCAUUUACAGAUAUGAAGGUUGAUUAUAGGUAAAGACACAGCUUAAAUACUUCAAAAGACAGCCAAAGUCUACAUCAGAUCACCAGAUCAUCAAAUCACCAGGGGCUUAAUUUCCCCGAAUACUCUGAUUCAAACUGCAUUUCCUAUCGUUUCUCUUCACACACAAGACAUCUAGAUUACAUCAUCAAGGGGGGGGGGGAGGUCUGCUUUUGCCCGAUUCAUAAGACACAAGGAGGAUUGUCUAAUAAUUAGUUUCUAUGGAAACACAUCACCUGAAUACCCAGGACUAUUAACAGCCUCCUCUGUCAAGACUCUGGCACAUAUUGCCUUAAAACAACUCAUGGUGAUAGUCCUAUUCACCAAAAAAAGAAAAGGAAAAAAACACACCUUACAGCAAAACCCAUUGCAGUAUAUUGCCCUUUGAGUGCUCAGUGGAUACAAUAUCCCCAUAACAGAAGUGCAACCUUGAGAGAAGAUGACGUUUGCUAUAAGCAUGUGCCUAUGCAUUAACAUAAAUGUAUUCAGAAACACCCAGAAAGCUUGUGACUGUGCAUGUUAGUGAAAGUUGUUUUGCAUGUUGGUGUGACAGUGUGUGGAUGUGUGAAUGCAAGACACAGAAUUAAUGAGUGCACUUUUAAUGAGGCCUAAAGGGAAACAGAGUAUGGUCAGCGUUUGCUACAGAAAGAGAAUCCCCUUAUCCAUAUAGCACACACACACGCACGCGCGCGCGCACACACACACACACACACACACACACACACACAGGACUCAGCUAUACAGGUGCAAAUAAAACGUUUUUAGUGUGUUGUCAAGUGCAUUAUACAAAUGUGACACUAGAUGGCGAUGGUGAGCUAUGGCAAAUUCAAUCUAUUUUUCAAAAGGUUUUUGAAAAAAGCAUUUUCACAACGUUUUUGUGUGUGUGUCUAGAUUCCACCAAACACACACAUUCACAAGGUGCUUGCAAUAUGUGAAAUCUGUGCAUUCCCUCCCCGUGGAUGACCAUCUCAUAGUACUGUAUGUCAAUUAAUGACCCGUGUGUGAACUCAGAAUCAGCAGAUGAGACAUAUAUACAACAUUGUUCAUUCAAACAACUAAAGAUGUUCCUUUUGUUUGAUUUCUUUUUACUCACAGCACAUGACGGCAAAGGAGGGCGGAAUGUGAAGAGCAAUUUAUGUAAAUGGUGUAAUAACACGUACCCAGUCUGUAAAGAUCAGGAGUGCUACAGCAACUGUGAUCUGAGCUCCUAUUGUGAAAAGUCAGAGGAAAUCUGUGUGUCUAUAUGGUAAGCAGACGAAGAGCACCAACCCUCAUAAAGCACAUCCCUAAUGGGCAAUGAAAAACCUGUCAAUGAAAUCAAAUGCACAGAUAAUAUUAAAAUAUGGGUAAAAGGAAAUAUAUACAUUAUAAGCAGGGCUUUUUUAAAGCCGUAACUCACCAGAACUCAGUUCUGACACCUCUCAGGUGGGUUCUGGCACCUCUGUUAAUAAAAACAUUUACAUAUUAAAUGUAAAAUAAAGUGCAGGAACAUAGUUACAGAAAGAUCAACACUUAGCAGUUACAUUUUCCAACUGCUGCACAUUAUAUCUUAGGGAUUCUAAUAAGUACAAAGUCAUGGCUGGGGACAAGCAAUUGACAUUUUUAAUUUAUAUGGGCGUUCAUCUGAUAGGAAUGAAAGUGUUGUCCUGUACCUCCCCCCCCCUUUAAAUGUGGGGGUUUUGAUCCUGUCUAUUUUGGACUUUCCAAGGAUGGAAAAACCUUACAUUUCUGGGUUCAAGACAACACUAUGAUGAGGAGGCUGCCAUGUGGACACCACUACUUCAGUGGGGAGGCAGGCAGGCAGGUGCAAAUCUGUGUUUUGCUCCAGUGUGGACAAGCCCAAAGACAACUUUUGGAUAUCCUUCCAGUUGGCAUCGGGAAAUAUUAACAGCCUUGGGCAGCAUUCACCUAAUGAGCCCCAUCAGCAGAAGCCUGUGCAAGGACCUCCAGUUGUGCAACAAGACUCCCCCCCCAAAAAAAUGGUCAGGAGGACCCCCAGAACAGUAUGCGGGGCGAGGAGAGGAAGGAAUCAUUCCAUCUGGCAAGCCGCAGAACAUUUGUAACAGGCAAUGGUGAAUUCCACCCCUUGUACAAAGCACUACGUAGGCUAUUGUGUCAAGGUACAUCUAUAGAAUCAUAGAGUUGGAAGGGAUCCAAGGGUCAUCUAGUCCAACCCCCUGCAAUACAGGAAUAUCAGCUAAAGCAUCCAUGGCAGAUGGCCAUCCAACCUCCGCUUAAAAACCUGCAAGGAAGGAGAGUCCGCAGCCUCCCGAGGGAGACUGUUCCACCGUCGAACAGCUCUUACUGUCAGAGAGGGAUGCGGGUGGCGCUGUGGACUAAGCCACAGCCUCUUGGGCUUGCCAAUCAGAUGGUUGGCGGUUCAAAUCCCCAUGACGGGGUGAGCUCCCAUUGCUCUGUCCCAGCUCCUGCCAUCCUAGCCGUUUGAAAGCACGCCAGUGCAAGUAGAUAAAUAGGUACCGCUGUGGUGGGAAGGUAAACGGGGUUUCCAUGCACUCUGGUUUCCAUCACGGUGUCCCGUUACAGCAGAAGUGGUUUAGUCAUGCUGGCCACAUGACCUAGAAAGCUGUCUGCAGACAAACACCAGUUCCCUUGGCCUGAAGUGAGAAGUCACCUUGGACUGGACUUAACCGUCCAGGGAUCCUCUACCUUUUUACCUUUACCUUACUGUCAGAAAGGUUUUCUGUAUGUUUAGUUGGAAUCUCCUUUCUUGUAACUUGAAACUAUGUUCAGAACUGAUUUGUUAUUUGUUUAUGAACAAGUACAUAAAUGUUGGCUUACAUUAUUCUACCUUCACAGUGAUCAUUUUUUCCGAUUAAUUAUGCAUUUCAGGAAACAAGACAACGAGAGCAUUAGAGUGAGUACUCUUUGUCAUAAUCCGCAGCUUCCCGUGGAAAAUGUCAUGGUUCCCAAGUAUAACACAUCCCAGUGUGUUAUGGUCCGUCAGCACAAUGAGGAGGGGAUAUUUUACAUCUGUGGCUGUGUGAAUGAACAGGAAUGCAAUGACAAACUCAUUUUUGAAAAGCACACCAAUGGUGAGUAUUCUUUCUGGUUUGAGUCCAUCUUUCCCCAUCUUAGAGGAGAUUAUUUUUAUUCAGACUGUUGGCAGUGGCAGGCUUUGGGCUUUACAAUUUCAGUGGCACCCCCACCUCUCACCUUCUGUUGUUUGUCAUUGUGUGUGUUGUUGUUUUUUAUUGGUUUUCACAUAUUACUUUACAAUGCAGAUGUACCAAAGCCAACACCAUUUCCUCUCCAUCCCCCCAUACAUUUACAUUUCUAUUUCCUCAAUCUAUCAUAUUAUUCCUUUCUCCUUCCUCCCACUUCCCUCCGCCCCCACUCAAUUUCCUCCACAUUAUACAAUUUACUAUAAUCUUUGCUUUCUACAACCUUCUCAAAUCAUCUACAAUAUUCUUAUUAUCUUUCCUUACUAAUUUUUCUUCCAUCCAGUACUUCACAUUUUAAGCUAGGCAUAUUAGCAUAUCCAUUUUUGAGUAAUAUUUUGCCACAUAUUCAUCAAAACAUUUCCACUCCUUUUUAAAUUUUUGAUUCGACUGAUUUCUUAUUAUAGCAGUUAAUUUUGCCAAAAUAAAAUAUUCAUUUAGUUUACAAAUCCAUUCCUCCUUUGUGGGUAUAGUUUGUGACUUCCACCUAGCAGCAAUCACUAUUCUAGCAGCUGUACUUGCAUAUAGAAAACUCCGCCGCCCCCCCGCCGUUGUUUGUCAUUGUUGCGAUGCCCCCUGUGUUGCCCUCUCGGUGUAGCACCCAGUGUAGGCAAACUGAUUAUGCUCCCCUAAAUCCGCCUCUGCCGUUGGGGUGCGUGUGUUAAAUCCUUUCUCCCCCACCUUCAUUCCCAAUUAUUCUUGCCCCUGCUGCAAUUGGGGUGAAAGGGGGGAGGAGAGGACUGAUAUAAAGGCAAUGUUAUUUGGGUUGAAAUGAUUGAGUCAAUUCCUAGAGAGGAGGAAAAAAAUGACUCAAGCACAAUAUAGAAAAUGGCUAGACUGAACAAUCUAACCUGGCGGAUUACAGUGGUACCUUGGUAGUUGAACGGCUUGGCUCCCAAACAAAUCAGCUCCUGAACGCCACAAACCCGGAAGUGAGUGCUCCUGUUUGCGAUCGUUUUUCGGAAGCCAGACGUCCAAUGCAACUUCCGCAGCUUCCGAUUGAGUGCAGGAAGCUCCUGCAGCCAAUGAGAAGCCACACCUUGAUUUUUGAACCAUUUUGGGAGUCGAACGGAUUCUCUUGAAUUUAGAGAAUCAAGGUACCACUGUAGUAACACAGUUGGCCAUUUACACCUGGGGAAAUGUUGCGGCUAUUCAACUGAAUUUUAAAAAGUUUGACUUUCUGAGCUCUGAAGUGGGGGGGGGGGGAGGGAAGCUGGACAGAACAUGAGAGGGGGAUGUUUUGUUCACAACAUUAUAGAUUCCCAGAAAAAGUGAGAGAAUGCAGUGUAAAUAUUCCACAGUAAAUGCUCAGUGUGAAAGUAGCCUAUGUGCAAGGCAGGGAAGGAGUUCUGCCUAAGGUCUUGUUGACUGUCAAAGUAGAUCAGUUAAAGUAACUGACCAUUAAAGUAGACCAGUAGUAGCCAACAAGGUGACCUCUAGAUGCUGCUAGACUUGUGGGCCUUAGCCAGCGCAGCUGAUGGCCAGGGAAGAUGGGAAUUGCGGUCCAAUAACAUUGGAAGGGCAGCAUACUGGCGACCCAUGGUGGAUUGAUGGUUUGACUCCGUAGGCAUAUGUUCAAGCCAGUAUUAUUUUAGACUUGUAAGCUAAGCCAUCGCUUUCAGUGUUGACCUUAUCAGAUGUUAGUUUUGCGAGGAAUGGGAUCUGUUUCCUGCUUAUACAGUCUAAAAACAGAGAUGGCCCAACCACAGCUCCCCCACCUCCCAAACAUUCCAUUGAAAGUUUGCCUGUCAGGCAAACACAUAAAACACCAGGCUGGGUCAUGUGUGGGAAGGAACAAAAUGCAGCAGGGAGAUGCCUCUCCCCAUCUCUCCUGCCCUAAUUGUGGGUCUGCUUAGUUUGGACCAAACUGUGGUAAAGAUUGAUGCAGUUUUUGAGCUGUGAAACUGAAACUUGAGUUUAUCCAAUGUGCAAUGAUUACGUAGCCUGCUUUAGGAAGAAAAUCGCCCCUUAAGUCACAUUAUCAGCUUCAGAAUCUAUAGCUGAAUUAUAAAUGGUGCUCCAGAAAAUUCCACAGGCAUGAUGGGCAGACUAUUUAUUUUAAGGCAACAUUUAAUGCAAAUAUUUAUUUAUAUGUCAUGUGAUAUUACAUAUAAAAAUCAAGGUUAGAACUGUUGCAUCUUAAUUGCAUGGAAAAACAAGUAAAAAAGCAACAGAAGCGACAACAAACUGUGGUUGGAAGCAAGAGAGCAAUAGAAUCUCAGUUGAACAUGUAGGAAUUUAGCAUUCUGUGGUUGCUGUCAUUGCACACAGCUGAUACUGUUCGCUCUGGUCUGGCUCACACAUAACACUAAGCCAGACCAUGGCUAAGUGUGAAUGUGCAAGUGUUCAGGUAGCAACAGAAAAAAAUCACAGCCACUUCACUGUUCCCUCAGUCCUCCUGCAGCCAUGCUACCUUGAGUUAAGCAAUGGUUUGACAUGUUAAAUCUGUCCAGGGAGAGAAACUUGAGCAUGGGUUUGGACAUAACAUUAAGCCAAAUCAUACCUUACCUUACAGCAGGAGGACUGGAAUGAAACAGACUUGAUUUUUACUGUAAAAACACACACUUAUUCAGGCUUAGCCAUGGUUUGGGCUUAACAUUAUGUGCACACAGGGCCAAUGACUGUUCUCUCAACAAGGAAUAUAUGAGCAACCAAUUCACUGGAUAAAGCUAUUGUCCACUUUCUUUUUUCAACACAGACCAAGUCUACAUAACAUAAAACGGAACUGUUUGACAGGAAAAGCAUACUAACAACAUGUGGCCGUCAGUGGUCAUCACUUCCAGGUUUUGCCAGUAUUGUGUGAGGGCAGCCCUCAAAUGAAUUAUCAUUUUAGUUAUCAAUAAGUUACACUGCUGAUUAUGAUCACAUCUUAUGGAAGCCAGUGCCAAGGUCAAAUGGACAGUGCAGUGGUGGCAACAAAAAUCAUUGCUUUUCAUUAUAGACCAGGGGUGGGCAACCUAAGGCCCAUGGGCCAGAUGCGGCCCAAUCGCCUUCUCAAUCCGGCCCACGGACAGUCCAGGAAUCAGCGUGUUUUUACAUGAGUAGAAUGUGUCCUUUUAUUUAAAAUGGUAUCUCUGGGUUAUUUGUGGGGGCUGCCUGGUGUUUUUACAUGAGUAGAAUGUAUUUAAAAUGCAUCUCUAGGAAUUUGUUCAUUCCCCACCCCCACCCCAAUAUAGUCCGGCCCACCACAUGGUCUGAGGGACGGUGGACUGGCCCACAGCUGAAAAAGGUUGCUGAUCCCUGUUAUAGACAGUACAUUUUUCCUGGAGGGGACGCAGGGGUACACAUACCCCUAAACAUUUUGUGAAUCUUUGUACUUUUGUCCAUUUAGUGUAUUUAUUUUUCCCGAUUUGAACUAUAAAAUGGUGGUUUUCUUGAGUCAAAAUGAGAGUACCUCUAAAAAAUUUUUAAGAAAAAAAGCACUGAUUAUAGAUAUACUGUGUGUGAAGUUUUACCUCAGGCCCUUUAGAGUUAGCAGUAUGCAAAGAAACUCAUUUUCUCUUGGCUUCCUUGGAAAAUUUAAAGCAGUGGCACAUUAUUGUUUGGGGUUCAGCAAGUAGCAUACCAUAUUCAUUAUAUGCCAUUUAUCCUCCUACACCCUUUUGAGAGCAGACAAGGACCAUAGGAAGGUGGCCAAGGCUAUAUUAUAACUCUAAAUCUACCUAAUAGAGAUUAUAUUGCUCGAUUCAGAAUAUAUUCAUUGAGGAAUAUUUAGAUGCCCUCAACAUUUCUUGUUUCAUUUGACCGUGAGGUGGGUUUUUUUCUUUCUUCCAGAACCAAUUCAUUUCUGGCAGAGAAAGCAGUGGGAGGCACAGAGAAAUAUGAGGCGAUGGUUUUCCUUUUCUUUACAUUUCAGCAUUUGUUUUCAUAGAAAACAACUGCCUGCCUGAUAAUUCUUCAGGCUCAUUUAAUGAUCCCUGCUACAAGCUGAUGACUUUGCAGCCCGGGAGGCAACAUACUUAAGCAGCUGAUGGGAAUUAUGUACACAGUUAUUACUUCAGGGUUUGCACAUAAGAGAAGUCCUGGAAAAUCCUCUGAAAACCAUUCUGCUUUCCAUUGGAUUUCACAGCCUUUAGCGAUGUAGUCAUACCCAUCAGGUAAAUCCAUUAGAGAAGCAGGAGAUAGCCAGGCUUCGCGCUUUCCAAAACAAACUCAAAUUAUAUCAUUUGAGGUUGAUCCUGUGGUUUGAACUCAAUGCCUAUUUUAGAAACAUUCACAGCUUAGCAGAAGUUAGCUGUGGCAGAUUUUUAUUUUUUUGUAAACUGCCAAGUAAAACAGCCAAGUGCUUUGAGUUUCUUUUUCCAGUAUCUGAACUGUAGGCUGCACCCACUGAGGUCAUGCAGCAAAGGCUUUUUGCUUAGGGGAUGGCUCUUGAACUUCUCUUCCUCAGUAUUAUACUUGGCCCAGAAUCCUUUCAAAGUUUUUAUUUGAAUUUCAUGAGCAGCAGUGAGGAACUGCACCUAUCUCUUUGCAACAGGGAGAAGAGAUCAUAUCUCAUAUCUUGCCUGUAUUGAAAACAACUCCCCUGGCUCCCAGCAGUUUCCAAGUUCAGUUGAAAGUGCCAGUAUUAACUCUUAAAGCCACAUGGUUUAUCUUCCGAAUACCUGAUGGGCCAUCUUCUCCCAUAUCAAUCUGCCCAUCCACUGAGGUCACUGCCUGAGGCCUUCCUUAAGCUGGUCCCACCAUCUGAAUUCUGGUGGGCAGUGACCAAAAAGAGCCUUUUUAAUAUAGAUCCUCAGCUUUGGGAUGCCAACCUUCCUACUGAGACCCAGGUAGCACCCUUAUUACUCUCAUUUGGCUGCCAGGCAAAAUUAUUUAUGCUUUCCCCAGACUUUAAAGAACCUUUAGCAUCAAUGGUAGCUUUCUUUUUUGUAAACUUAAAAUAGUUUCCAUUUUUACUAGCUAUCUGAAUGAACUGUUCCCAUUUUAGUUCAUUGUGUUAGUUUGUAUGCUUUCUUCUAUGAGUUUCAUUUUUUAAAAAAACGACAACACCUUUAAGCAUGUGUACAAAUGCACGCACAUGGACCUUACUUACGGUUUAUUCAAGGAUGCAGUCAGUGAGUAUCCCUUAGGUGGAUCUCAACAUGCAGCAACGUUGCAAUGUAAACUCAGCAGUAAAGCUUGUUUCAUUGCAAAUACUCCCAGCUAAUGGGGCAGCAGCAGGUUCACAUUACAACCAGCAGGUGGCAGCAAAGAGGCUCCUGCAACAGUCUGCAGCAUCUGCGAAUCAGAGGUGCAAGUACUGUAAGGUGCUAUAGUUGCAAGUGUGGUUUACAAACAUCCCCAUCGUAGUAGUGAUUUCAGCCACUAGGAACUGCAGAACAGGAUCUUUUCCACAAAGAUUAGCCAGCCUGUUCUUCAAGCGUUUGGCAUGGUUAUAAUCCAGCUCUUACAGACCUGGCCUAAUAGCAAUCAAUCUGCUCCAUAAUCUUCACUUCACAAGGAAAGAUAGUGGUGCCCGGUCUUGGUCUCUUUCCUGACCAGAGCUGCACUUCCAGGGCCACUUGGAUGCAGUGUGAAACAGCUUCUUACUUGCUGAGUGUGGCUGGGGAGGAGAGGGAGCAUCUAUGGCAGCUCCACCCAGCAAGCUCCUUUCACAGUGAUGCAUUUUGUGCUUCUUAUGAGUGCAUUAACAGCACCCACCACUAGGUGCUUUCUGCUUUUCCCCCUACAGAGAUUUACCUAUUUAGGUGCCUCUGGGAAAUUAAGAGGUCUCAGCAGCACUGCACCUAGCUGCCCCAUGAUAAAAUUAAAAAAUCUGUGAGUUAAAAGGGGGGGGGGAGGGAGUGGAAGGAGUCUUGGGACUCAGAACCUCUGGACCACGCUCCCAUACUGCCGCUGGACGGACUGCUUUUAUUUAGCAUUCCUUUCUUAGAUUAAUCUGAUCAUUGAUAGCAGGACCAUUUAUAUUUUCAAAAGACCUGGAGCAAAGGAGUUACCAGCAUUUUCCACCCUUGGUCUCUUGGGUUUAUGAUCUAAGAGCUGAGUUUUUGUAAAGACUAUUCAUUUUAGUCGGCAAGAAAGAUUUGGCUCUGUCAUCUUGAGUGCACAUGAAGCUGCUUAUACCGCCAUCAGAUCUACAGUACACAUAUACUAAUUAACAGCACAUCUCAAAAGUCUCCGGCAUGUGCUUUACCCAAUGAGUUGGGGCUUCUUCCCAGAUCAGAUCUCCUGACUAUGUCUGAGAACAAAACAACUAACUUACCAAAUUGUAAAAUGGGGGGGAAAUUUGCCUGUUUCCUAAAUGCAUGGUAAAGUGCUGCGAUACAGAUGACUGCGGCUGACUUGGUUGUAAUCUUUGAGUGGCUGCUGCUCUGCCGAUAGUUGCUGAGAAUAAAAUGAAAAGCAGAGGGGGACCUGAUACACCAUCUUGAGCUCCUAGGAGGAAAGGUGGGAUAUACAUGUAAUAAUAAACAAAUAAUAAAUUAACAUUUGCCACGUGUUACGACUGCAUGGCUAUUUUUUCCAAAAUCGCACUACAGUGGUACCUCUGGUUACGUACUUAAUUCGUUCUGGAGGUCUGUUCUUAACCUGAAACUGUUUUUAACCUGAAGCACCACUUUAGCUAAUGGGACCACCUGCUGCCGCCGCACGAUUUCUGUUCUCAUCCUGAAGCAAAGUUCUUAACCCGAGGUAAUAUUUCUGGGUUAGCGGAGUCUGUAACCUGAAGCGUAUGUAAUCUGAAGCAUAUGUAACCCGAGGUACCACUGUAUAUAUUAAAGAAAACAGACAACCAAGCAAACCCAUGGUAGAAAAUGUGAGCACUUGAAAUGCUGAGCCCUAGGAUACAGGAGAAGGUACAUAGGAAGCUGCCUUAUUCUGAGUCAGACCAUUGGUCCAUCUAGCUAUUGUCUGCACUGAGUGGCAGCAUCUCUCCAGGGUUUCUAGACAGGGAACAUUUCCAGCUCUAACUGGAGAAGUUGGGGACUGAGCAGUGAUUCUUCCCCACAAGUUAUUAGUUUUGUUCAUUCUUCGCUAAGAAAAGCUGUUCAUGUUGACUAACUGGCCUGUGCAGAGAUGUUCUUGCUGUAUAUUAUUUUUCGCUUUCCUUUCGCCAUAGGAUACUCCAUGCUACAAAGCAAAGAAAUAAUUCCUGUGGCAGCCAUCAGCCUGUUGCCCCCACUGCUGGUUGCCAUCAUGAUAACGGUGACGUUCUAUCUCUGCCGAACCCACAGGCAGAGGAGGAGAGCCAAGGAAUGGCCCCAGAAACAAGUCCAGCACCGCCCACUGCCUGAACCCAGCAGAGCCACUAGCUACGACGAGAUACUAUCUGUCAAGAUUGACCACCGCGUCACCCUGAGCACAGCCUGCGCCAACAACAUCAACCACAACACGGAACUGUUGCCUAUCGAGCUAGAUGAGCGAGUCGGGAAAGGGCAGUUUGCAGAAGUUUGGAGAGCAAAGCUGAAGCAUGCCUCUUCAGGACAGUACGAGACGGUGGCAGUGAAGAUUUUCCCCUGCGAGGACUAUGCUUCCUGGAAAAAUGAAAGCCAGAUCUUCAGCGAUGCCAACCUCAAGCAUGACAGUAUCCUUCAGUUCCUCACGGCAGAGGAGAGGCACUCUGGACUCCAGAAAGAAUACUGGCUCAUCACAGCCUACCACAGCCAGGGAAACCUCAAGGAUUAUUUGUCCAGGAAUGUUCUGAGCUGGAGGGACUUGCAGAAGAUGGCUGGCUCCCUAGUGAGUGGUGUGGCUCACUUGCACAGCGACUACACUGCCUGUGGCAGUCCAAAGAUCCCCAUCGCCCACCGGGACAUCAAAAGCACCAACAUCCUCAUUAAGAAUGAACAGGAAUGUGUGCUCUGUGAUUUUGGGAUUGCUCUGAGGCUGGAUCCAGCCUUAAGUGUGGAAGAUUUUGCAAACAGCGGACAGGUGAGUGCUGUAAAAUGAAACCAGCAGAGCAAUCCAUUCUGCUUGAUGGGAAGUAGAAAGAUCUUAGCUUCUUUCAUGCACUAGCCAUGCAAAGAGUUCUGCGCACUAUGCAAGGGGCAGUGGAGGCUGUGCCACUGGCCCCACCCCAAAACAUCAUUUGAUUUACCAAUCCCAGCUUCCAUGUGUUGAGCAUGGACAUUUGCAUAGUGGAAGCCUGCCUAUAUAGGUUUUCCAUGUGAUCUAGAACCCUGCGUGAAUGGGGAUCCAGGUCACAUGAAAGCCUACUGCAUCUGUAGAGCAUGACGCUCAUAAGCUUCCCCUGGACAGCCUGUUCAGCAUGUAAAUCUUGGGGGUGGGUCCAGAAGUGCUGCCUGCUGCCCUUUCCAUGGAUGGAGGGCCCUUCUAUGUGUGAAGGGGGUCCUUCAGAAUGGCAAAUAUAACCCACAAUAGCAGACAGCAGGCAGUAUGAAAAAGCUCUGAAAAGGCAACGCUGCUAUGGAAUUUGCUGCAGGCAUUCAGCAUGUUCCAUAUACAAACAUGCAACUAUGAUUUAAGAGAGCGUCCUGCUUGUUGGUACACAAUUGGCUUGGAAUCACCUUUGUUGCUGAAUGACAAAUAGCUACUGUGUUCCGGGUUCUAGAGGUUAUCUUGUUUAUGGCAGCUAGUUUGUAAUCAAAGGCCGGGGCUACUAGAUCUUCCCAAGCUCUUUUUGCAUUCAAAAUCUAACACCAAUGCAAUACUCAAUGUCUUUCCCCUCAUGGUGGAGAAGCAGCAGGGAGAGGAGUGAUUUGAGCAGAAAGCUGCCCACUGGACAGUAGAGUGGUACUUUCCUCCAUUCAAACUCACAGCUGCCCACAGCACCUUUUGGUUUGAAUGAAACAAACAGAAAACCCAGGAAAGAAGCUCUCAAUUAUUGUCACAUCUAAUUUGGGCCUUGGUUCACAUCCCAGUAAGGGCUGGUAAGUUUAGAGAAGAUUUUAUGGUCACUUUCCUGGCUACCCUAUACUUGGACAAAAACCUAGAGAUAAAGGGGUGGAGCAACUCUGGAGCAUAAAAGGUCCAGUCUGUAUCGCAGAUCUUCUAACGCAUUGCAGCCUCCUUUUAACUUGGAAUCACCACAGCUUCUCUCCUCCACCCCUUCUAACAUCUACUCAAUUUAUGGCCAGGUGGGCACUGCCAGAUAUAUGGCUCCUGAAGUUUUGGAAUCUCGAGUGAAUCUCGAAGAUCUGGAGUCCUUCAAACAAAUGGAUGUUUAUUCCAUGGCUCUGGUUUUAUGGGAGAUUGCCUCCAGGUGUGAUGCCAUAGGAGGUAAGUCUAUACCAGCAGAGUCUUUUGUCUUCCAAGCCCCGCUUUACACUGGGCAAAACAAACAUGGCUGUUCCAACAUGCCAGAGGGAGGUGGGAGCAAACCUUAGUGCAGAGAAGCUAACCUAUGGCCAUCCCACCCUAGAUGCUGAUGAACUAAAACUCCCAAUAUCUCUGACUGCCAGUCAUGUAGGUGGAGGCUGAUGAAAGCUGUAGUUCAGCAAACAUCUGGAGGGCCACAGGUUAGCCACUCCUGCCUUAGCAGAAGAACGCAUUUCUCAGAUGGAAGGAGGGCAUCUCUUGCAAAAAUGGGUCUCAGGUAGCAAGGCCGGGAAAGGCUCCUGGCCUCAGGACUCAAAAAGCCACACUGCCCAUAGCCAAGGCAAAUAAUCCUAGGAUAGAUGGGCAAAUGACCUGUCUCAAUAGCAUGGGGAUUUGUGUGGCUCCACAGUGGAGAUUGUAUUGCCUCUCCACUAGGAAAUGAUUGUACCAUUUUAUUAUGUUAAAAGAGGCGCCACUAAGAGCCUGCUAAAAUGAAAGAAAAUACCAAGAAGAUUGAAGGAAGCGUUUGGAGUGCGAAUGGCCACUAAAGGAACCCACGUUUCAUCAGCAGUAACAAAAAUUCAUUAACAGGGAUUAAUUUAUUGCUUUAGCAUUUCCCACUACAUAAUCAGGCUUUGAACUGGUAGCAGCAAUGCUAACCUGUCCCGCUAAUUCAAAGUGAUUUGGGCUUGUGCUGAUGCUAAUUCUCAUGAGAUGCAAGUCCAGACGCUAGCAUGUGGAACAGUCUACAAGGGCAGUGUAUGUGAAAUCUAUGGGCAAAUGUGUUAACAGGAUGGUGGGGAUGGGGAGCUAUACAGCACUGGUGCAAUAUGGAUUCGGGUUCAUUUAUCUGUCAUUACAUUUAUAUCCCACCUUUGCUCCAAGGAACUCAAGGUGGCAUGAAAAGUUUUCCCCCUUUCCACUUUUAUCCUCAAAACUAACCUCAGGUUAGGCUGAGAGGCAGUGACUGGCCCAAGGUCACCCUGUGAGCUUCAUGCCUGAGUGGGGACUGAACUCCUGGUCUCCCAGGUCCACCACCCUAACCACUACAACAAGCAACAAAUACUUAGCGGCCUCUGCUGUGUCCUACAACGUGGUCCAUUAAGGAAGUACCUGCUGUACAUCCACACACACAUCCCUCUGCAUCGCCACAUCUCAUACACAACCUGGUUGGGCUGUAGGUGCUACUGCUUUUAACAGUUUACAGGUUUUAAAACAAACUGUGGGCAGCAACCAGCCAAUACCGUGCUGCCAAUACUAAAUGAAGCAAGCUUCUUUUCUGAAACAUACAGUGGCAUUUCGACAAAUCUUUAAACGUGCUGCCGGAAUUUAAAAGUGUCCCCUGUUCACAACCUGGCUGCCAAGCUUUGUUAUCAAUGAACAGUUCUUCACCAGGUACAGCUGCAAGCCGCCGCUAGAGGUAGUUUUAUUAUCUGUUUCCUGGUGAAUGUUCUCGGUGGCACCACAGCACUGCCCCGACAAGUACAUAGUCAAUGUGUAUCUAAAUUGCAUGCACAUCUAACUAACAUCAACGCUUCUUCCUUGCAGAGGUGAAGAACUAUGAGCUACCAUUUGGCUCAAAGGUCCGGGAGCAACCCUGCAUGGAGGUUAUGAGAGAUGUUGUAUUGCAUGGUCGAGGGCGUCCAGAGAUACCUGGCAAUUGGCUGGUGCAUCAGGCAAGUACAAAAAAAGAAGGUAAAAUUUAUGGCUUUGCCAUGAGACCACCUUCUUUUGCCUACUCCUCCUCUUGAACUGUUUCCAUUCAAGCUUAUAACUGAGAACUGGUGCUCGUUUGUUUUCUUCUUUCCUCCUCAUCCGUUUUGGUUUCUUUUCUUUUUAGAUCGAAAGCCUGAGGGCAGGGGCAGUCUUAUUUGUUAUUGAUCUCAUGUUAUUGAUCUCUGGAAGCCCUUCCUCUGAAGAGCAGGGCAAAAAUGCUUUCAAUAAAUAUUUAUGAGCAGCAGACCUAGAAGUGUGUGGCUACACAAACAACAUUUGCAGAAAACUUGAAGCCCCCUCCCCUGCCCCCCAAAAAACACUGCCCCCCCAGGUUUCUGAGGCAAAAUGGAGACUUUGGGGGAAAUUGAAAUUAACAUACUUACCGUAUUUUUCGCCCUACAGGACACACUGGCCCAUAGGACGCACCUCGGUUUUUUUGGGGGGGGGAAAUAAAUUUUAAAAAAUUAUUUCCCCCCCCCAGCCCACAGAACAGGCUGCUGCCCGCAAGCCCGCGGGAACUCCCCCCAGGUGCGCAAGGCUUGCGGACAUCUGCCCGAAGCACGGGGCAUGUUCCGCAGCGCGCCCCGUGCUUCCGGCUGCAGGCUGCCGCCCCAAGCCUUGCACGCCCGCGGGAACUCCCGCCAGGCUCGCAAGGCUUGCGGAUAGCUUCCUGAAGCCUGGAGAGCGAGAGGGGUCGGUGCGCACCGACGCCUCUCGCUCUCCAGGCUUCAGCGAAAGCCUGCAUUCGCCCCAUAGGACGCACACACAUUUCCCCUUCAUUUUUGGAGGGGAAAAAGUGUGUCCUAUAGGGCGAAAAAUAUGGUACUUUCUUAUCAAACCUAAUAUGUUUUAACAUAAAAUGCAUCCUAACUUGGCACAGUACAAAUUUAUAUUUGGAAUAUUUCUGAAAUGCAGAGAGUUGCCCUCUGUAUGUUUACUCAUAACUAAUACUGAUUCUGUUCGGUGGCACUCUCAAAGUACCUAUGAUUACAGUCUCAGAAGAAUAAAUUUUUACGUUUUGUACAAGCACCGUUGCAAAUGCACCCAGUAUUGAAGAGAGCAAGCUGUCAACUGCUACCGUAUGCUGCCUUGCACAUUUUCUCAUCUUAGUUUCUUGCAAUUUGAAGAGGGGGAAAAAAAGCUAAAAGCAGAAAUCAAUAAUUUUGUAUUAAACAAAGUGAAGUGUUCUCGGUGGACAAAAAUGGCCUCAUAUAGUCACAGUCCUCUCAUGAACAGUCCUCUUCUCCUCUUAAGGCACUGUCCUGAGAGAUGGCCCCCCCACUUUCCAUUAUAACAUUGCCCAAGACCCUUCCAGUCAAUUUUUAGUUGCCCCAGCAAGUUUAUUUUUUGGGAGGUGAAUGGAAUACGGUGCCCCUUAAUAGGGAAAAGGAAAUCAUGCACAAAGCCAAAAAUCAUGUUACUGAGCCAGUAACGCACACUGAUUGCUCUUCUUUUUAUUUCAAAAGUGGGCAAUAAUUGCAGUGAAGCAGAAGGAAGAGCACGGAGGAAGGUAUCAUAAAUAUAACGCAUGUCCUUAUUUUGAUGCCCUGUUCGUUUCGUUCCCCCUAGAUUUGAGAUUGCUAACUUCCCAGCUUCCUUCUUAAUUUCAGGGAAUGCAUGUCCUGUGUGACACCAUCACAGAAUGCUGGGACCAUGAUCCUGAAGCCAGACUCACAGCUCACUGCGUGGCAGAGCGCUUCAACCUGAUGGUGCAGACGGAUUGCGAUGACAUCCUCAACAACAACAGCAGCAGCAGCAGUAGCCAUGGCAGCAGCCUUGGUGAUGAGGCAAGCAAAAUGGGUUGCCCAGUAGAUGAGAAUCAAGGGAGUGACAGGAAUAUCCAAUGACUGGAGGAAGAAAUAAAAGCUGGACAGAAGCACCAAUGGGCAUGCCACUCAGAAAAAAAAUAUACCUCCCCCAAACCCCAUUUAGUUCUCUGAAUGAAUAAAACGUAUUUAUAAGCCCUUUUAAUUUACUAGGCAAAAAGGCAGAGUCACUGUAUUAUGUUCAGCACGCAAUAUAAAUCAUUUUAUACUUAUUUUAAAUGUAUAACACAAAAAAUUCUUUAUUUUUAAAAAGAUUCACAAUUAAUAGGCAUUUUUUUAAAAAAACCCAUCCAAUCUUCAUUCUUUACGAGGGGGUAAGGCAGAGUCUUGACCCUAGCCUGUUAUUAGAUCACACAAGAAAUUGCUGGAACCAUUAGGUGUUAAUCAGAAAAGAACUCCAUUCGCUUGCUUUUAAAAUAAAUAAAUAAAUUUUUCUAUUAACACAGGCUUCCAAAGUUUUGAAAAAUUUGUUACAUCUCUCAAAGACUUUGAAGAAACCCAAUAUUGAUACCAUGUUUAUUCCUAAAGUUAAGGUUUGACACCUAACUCUGUCUGCAAACUUUCCUUCCUAAUUUCCACUAUUGUCAUCUCAGCCAUAACCCACAUUUUGUCUAACCAGCUUAUUUGUUCUUUAAGCUGUCCUUUCACUUCAAAAGAACAUCUAUUAAAUUAGAACUCCAAAGGAAUGCAAUGUGGGCUUCCAAGUAAGAGCCAGGGCUUUUCAGCAUCCCACCCUUUCCACACGAGUACCGCACGCCACCUGAAAAGCCACUUGUGAAAGUCACUGCUCUCUUUGGACAAGACAAGGCG